AUGCAGAUCUUCGUCAAGACACUCACGGGCAAGACUAUCACCCUCGAGGUGGAGUCGAGCGACACCAUCGACAAUGUCAAGUCCAAGAUUCAGGACAAGGAGGGCAUCCCCCCCGACCAGCAGCGCCUGAUCUUCGCCGGAAAGCAGCUCGAAGACGGCCGCACCCUCUCCGACUACAACAUUCAGAAGGAGAGCACCCUCCACCUCGUCCUGCGUCUUCGCGGCGGAGCCAAGAAGAGGAAGAAGAAGGUUUACACCACCCCCAAGAAGAUCAAGCACAAGCGCAAGAAGACCAAGUUGGCCGUCCUCAAGUACUACAAGGUCGACGGCGACGGCAAGAUCGAGCGUCUACGACGCGAGUGCCCCGCCGACACCUGUGGUGCCGGUGUCUUCAUGGCUUCCAUGCAGGACCGACAGUAUUGUGGCCGAUGCCACCUUACGUACGUCUUCGAGAAGAACUAG